AUGAAGUUUAUUCUAUUAUUAUUAUCAUUUAUUUUAUCAUUAAGUCAAGUACUUAGCCAUGUAGCUACCUAUCCAUCCUAUGCUUUAUGGAAUGAAAAAGGAGAAGCAAUAAUUGGUUUGUUUAAUUUACCAACAGGCGAAUCUAAAGUUUUAUACACCCUUAGCGGCUACCAACAUUAUAAUACAAAUCAAUAUUCAACAUUCAACAGUAACACUAAUAUGAUUUCAUUCUUAGUAUACAAUAAUUCAAGUAAAAUGUCUUUAUAUCAAUUUGAUAUAAACAGUCUUAAUUUAGUCCAAGUUCCAGUAGAUUUUUCUCAAACUCCAGAGGUAUAUUCAAUAGUAUCAUCAAAUAGUACAAUCGGGGAUGAUUUGUUAUUUGUUGUUAAAACUAGCAAUGGAAAUACAGCAAUUGGUAAACUUAAUGAAAAUACUAACACUAUCGAAUUAGAAAACAAUUUACAAGGUAUUUUUUGUGCUGCUGCAUUCGUUGGUAAAACAAACCAAUACUAUACUCUCUCUGUUGUAAAUAAUGUCAAUACUCUCAAUGUAUUUUCAAGUGAUGGAAAAAGUAAACAAGGAACUGUUAACCUUAAAUUCCCAAGCCAAAAUUCUUUAAAUAUUUCAAGUUACCCAUAUGAUUUGGUUUAUUUAGAAAGCUAUGAUAAUUUUUAUUUUUCAAUGGAUGUCGACGGCACACCAUCGAUCUUUACAUUGAAAAAUAGUAAUAUUAUCCAAGUUAUUCUUGGUCCUCAAUAUAUUUUCCAAACCACAGUGGCAUAUGCUAUGGUUAGUACAAAUUUUGCAAACCCAAAUGACCAAAGAUUUUUCCAAGCUGUCUCAAUUGUUCAUAGUAAUUAUGUAGGCAAUUCUCUUUUAAAUGUUUUUGACUCUCAAUCCAAAUUUUUAUACAGUUAUCCAAUUAAAGUUUUACCAGUUAAUAUUUGGAUUGCUAAUUAG